CCCAUUUUUUGCUUUAUAUAUGGCUGUGUGAUUUGCCUCUCACCAGCAGCAGCCACUUUUGUUCACAUCCAAACACAAUGAGUUCCUGGCCUUUCUCCUUUUUCUUCUUCUUCUUCUUCAUGGCUUCUUCUGCCUUUUCUGCAGAACUUGCAGCAUACGUUCCAGCAGAACAAGAUGCCCUACAGAAACACGUUUCUUUCUUCGAUCGGGAUCAUGACGGGAUAAUUUAUCUCUCGGAAACCGUUGAAGGCAUGAUAGCAAUCGGUCUCAACCCAUCGUUAGCCAAGGCUAGUGCCACGCUGAUCCACAUGGUAAUCAGUCCUAAAACUACCGAGGGUAAAUUGCCCAAUCUUAAACUCCCAAUCGUGGUAAAAAAUAUAGCGAAAGGCAAGCAUGGCAGCGACUCGGGAACCUAUGAUGCUCAAGGAAGGUUUGUUCCUGCAAAAUUUGAAGAAAUUUUCAGCAAGCAUGCACAUGCGCACAAUGACUCUUUAACAUCGAAUGAAUUGAUGGAAAUGCUCAAGGCAAAUAGACAACCUAAGGAUUUCCAAGGAUGGGCUGCAAGUCUGGCAGAAUGGAAGGUCUUCUACAAUCUAUGCAAAGAUAAAGAUGGAUUAUUGCAUAAAGAUACAGUAAAAGCUAUUUAUGAUGGAAGCCUAUUUUACCAAUUAGAGAAGGGGAAAAAAUAAGCCAAAAAGAAAGCCUAAAUCUAUUUGCAUUAAUGGUGAUAUGUUCUCAUAUAUUUUUCAUUUCUUCUUCUUAUGAAAUUAAAUAAAUUAAAUGAGAAUAUUGACAAUUCGAUGAAUUUCAAUGAAAAAUAUUUGACAUUGAUGAA